UACACACACUUCUCCCUCUCCCUCUCUUCGGCUACACAUAUUACACCUGGGACACUUCACAUCUACAUUUCAUUGGAUCUGCUCUGAUUUGGUCCUGAUCAAGCUGCAAGCAUGACGAUCAGAACAGCUCGUCCCAACCGGGGGCAACCUUUCCGGCCUCGUACGCACUGCCUCAAGAAGCUAGACGACAUUGUGGUGGAGAUGCAGGACCCAAAAAACGGAGUAAAAGGUUCAGAGCAGAAGCUCAACGUCACCACCAUUCCUCACGCCAUCGCUGGUUCUAACAUAAUUGCUUGGAUUAGCAACAAGAUGAAGACUACAACAGAAGAAGCGCAGGUCUUUGGCACCAUGUUGGUGGCCUAUGGCUACAUCUACCCCCUGCAGAACCACAGGAAGCUGGUGAUGUGUAACGACAGCAGCCUCUACCGCUUCCAGACCCCUUACUUCUGGCCAACACAGCAAUGGGUUCCAGAGGACUCUGACUAUGCCAUUUACCUGGCAAAGAGGAACAUCCGUAAGAAAGGCAUCCUGGAACCCUAUGAGCAGGUAGAUUACAACCACCUGCACGAGUGGCUGAACCACAAGUGGGACUUUAUUGUAAUGCAAGCCACUGAGCAGUACAAGGCUGGUAGAGACAGGAACAAGGCAGACCGAGUGGUCUUUGACUGCCAGGAGAGGGCCUUUUGGAUUGUCAACAGGCCUCCGCGCCGGACUCACAGUGCUGUGGAUGUUGGCCCAGAACGACUUAUUAAUCCCAAUGUAGAAGAGAAAAUCACCUUUGACCAAUACAGACGGGUCAACAUUUUCUACCAGCAAGCCAUCAUGAGAUCCAAGGUCAAAUCUAGUGUUUCACUCGGAGCGUUGGUCAAAUACAUCACCUCCUACAAAAACCACGAUGCUUUCCUGGCUCCUUGUGUACCCAGCAACCCGUGGGAAACGGACCACGACGCGUACUGGACUCUCAACAUGAGAAGCGUGGACGUUCCCACUAAAAUGCGAGUGGAGCGCUGGUCCUUCAGCUUGUUUGAGCUCCUGACGGACCUGAGAGGCCGAGACGAUUUCAAGAUCUUCCUGAAGAAGGAGUUCAGCGGGGAGAACCUGGCCUUCUGGGAAGCAGCUGAGGAACUGAAGUGGGGGACGGCCUCCUCCAUGUCAGCCAAGGCCGAGACCAUCUUCAAGACCUUCCUGGCACCGGGCGCCCCCCGCUGGAUCAACAUUGAUGGCAGGACGAUGGGCCUGACGGUGAAGGGCCUGGAGCAUCCUCACCGCUACGUCCUGGAGGCGGCUCAGACUCACGUCUUCAUGCUCAUGAAAAAGGACACAUUCUUCCGUUACCUCAAGUCGCCAACGUACAAGGAGAUCCAGAAGAAGGCGCUGAGCCCUGAAGCCCAUAACUUCAGUCCGGCACAGCUGGAGGAGAACGCUCGGAACCGGAGCGCCGGCAUCCAUCCCAUCAUCCUGUGGCAGCAAGAGGAGGAGGAAAAGGCCAAGGCUGCUGCCGCUGCCGCUCCAGUCGACGUCAAGGCGGUGAUGAGCAAAAUAGACAGAAAGAAGUAGAAACGGUGGACACGUGUCUGAUCUUGUGACAACAAAUUAAAUUUUAUAUAAAAGGGACUCUCUUGGAUUAUAAAGUAUGACUUAGUAAAUGUUACACAUCCGCACAUUAUGUUGAAUCUGAAUGUAUGAAGUACAGGUCCAAGCUUUGAGGAAUAUUGUCAGAACUUUAUCGUUUCUACUCCAGCUUCUUCACGCAGCAAACAGUCAGGACUAGAAGAAACAAUAUGCAUCACUGCAGCCAUAAGCCUGAUUGUGUUUUAUGUCCCAGAAUGAGACAUGACUAUCUCUUAUUCUGUGGGGGAGAGAAGAGAGAAAGGAGUUUCAGUAUUUUACUAGAAGAAAAUCUGAAAGGUGUGCCAUGAGUCAGAACUGUGCAGGGCUUCUGGGUAAUGUAUUUUCUGCUUUUGAACAUCGACAGACUUUCUUCCUUUCAAAAUGACUCAAACUGAGUCUGAUUGGAAAAAGAACAUCUGUGAACAUCAGCUUUCCAACCUCAAUGUUAUAAUAGAAACAUUUCGCAUGAAUAAAUUUCAUUUCAAAUUUUCACAAAAUCUUAAGAGGACAUCUGGAACUAAAGUAUAAAUCUUACCAUGCUGGUAAUCAUCCACCCACCUUUAACAUUUACAAGACAAGCAGACACUUUCUUUCCCAGACUACUGAAAUUAAUCCAAGUAUGGAGACUUAAAGUUCAACUACAUCCAUUCAAAAUGGAUUCUAUGACCUUCAACCUAUAUAAGGCAAUACAGUCAAAUGCAGUUUGAAAGUCCAAAUAAUAAAGUGAUCCAUGUCAGGAAGAGUAAUAGCAUCAAAACACUGACUUUACAGAAGUUUGUGAUGUUGAACAUGUAGUCUCCAUGACGCUGGUUAUUCUAUAAAAAACCUGUAGAUGAGAUCUUAUUGUUAUUCAUUGUGAUUUUGACAUGAAGUGAUGGAAUCGGUUCACGACUCUCAGUCAAUUACAGAAAUGAUCAACUCUAAUAACAUGUUGUUGCUGCAGUAUGUUCACAACAUUUAUUCUGUAAACACAGGAGUCCACAUCACUGCACUGUGUAGCUAAUAGCUAAUAGCAGCAUGUUAGUGGAUUUACAUGUAAAAUGUCUGUCCCGUUAACUACAAGCUUGUCCAGCAUAUCAACCUGGAGAAUGCUGUAAAUGUAAUAAACUGCAGAGGGACAAGAGCUGUCUGAAAGUGUUUAAUGGGAACAUCUAACAGACUGUUUGGGGUUUUUCUCUCCAACUCUACAAUGACUGGAAUCAAAGACGCUCUGUUCUCACUCCUUCUGAGGAUUUUCUGGUCGUUUCAUUCAGCUUUCCACUCUGACCUGCUGCAACUUUGUACUUGGUUUUCACAGCUUUCCCAGUUUGGCUUUCUCUAACCUGCUCUUGAGGUUAGAUUUACAUAAUGUUAGAAUUCAAUAAACAGCAUUCUGAACUGAAAGGGGGUGUACUUUCUUUCCUCAUAUUCCUUCAGUAGUGCAGUCAGCUGUUUGAACUAGGGGAGCGCCGAUUACCGAUCCUUAAAAAGCCUGAUCUGAUGAUUCCGAUUUUGGACAAUACUGAUUUUUGGGUUUUUUUGGUCUAAAAUGUUGCUAAAUAUAGUAAGAUAUUUGCUAAGUUGGCAGUUAGGUGACUACUAGGUGAAUCUGCAGACAUGACCUGGUGGGCAGGUCAGUCAGUCAGACUCUCUCAGGGCAGAACAACAGAAGACAGUGGGUGAUUGGAUA